AUGCAGGACCUGCUGGAGCAGCUGCAGGGAGCUACGGUGUUCAGCAGCCUGGAUCUGAAGUCAGCAUACUACCAACUGGAGCUGCACCCUGAUUCGAGGUCGCUGAUAACGUUCAUUACCCAUCAGGGCCUCAUGCGGUAUAAGAGGUGCCCGUGCGGAUUGAAGAGCCUGCCGCAAGCCUUCCAGAAGGUGAUGGAAGCUCUCCUCCGAGGCAUCGAUGGAGUGCAGGUGUAUCUGGAUGACGUCAUCAUCUUCGCUCGGACACCCAGUCAUCACGAGGUGCAGCUGUCAGCCGUCAUGGAGAGGCUCAGGCGACGUCGCAUCACACCGAGCAUGGACAAGUGCGGGAUGCGCCAGCGAGAGGUGGAGUGUCUGGGCUUCAUCGUCUCACAGCAGGGGGUGGCAGUCAACCCGACCCGGGUUCAGGCUCUCCGAGACCUGCCCCUACCCUCAGGGCUGAAGGAUCUGCAGACCAUGCUGGACCUAUUCGGCUUCUACAGUCGGUUCGUCCCGAGCGACAGCACCCUGGUGGAGCCGCUGCGCCGUCUGCUGCGGAAGGGGGCGCCACCGUUCCUGUGGACGCCCAUUCUGCAGGCGGUGAUGGACGCAGUGCGGCAGGCCAUCCUCAAGAGCCAGGCACUGGCGAUGUACGACCCGUCUCUGCCAACGCUGGUCACCAUAGACGCCAGCGAGCCGUUCUUCCACUACCGAGAGGAGCUGAGCCUGGUGGGCGACAUGGUGGUGCGCGGCCAACGAGUGGUCGUGCCUGCCGCGCUGCGACCACGGAUGGUAGCCCUGGCUCACGAAGGACAUCAGGGAAUCGUGCGGUCGAGGCAGCGAGCCAGAGACCUCUACUGGUGGCCGAAGAUGGACGCCGAAAUCGAAGAUGCCGUGAAAAACUGCGAAGUGUGUGCGGCGCUGGACAAGUCGGCUAACACCCACAGCACGCCGCUCCAACCGGUGCCGCUGCCGGAUGCAGCAUGGGAUAAAGUCAGGCUGGACUUUAUCGGACCCAUGGAGGCGCCGAGACAGCAGCGGUUCGCUGUCGUGCUCACCGACUACUACUCAGAGUGGAUUGAGGUGGACUUCUGUGCCGAGCCCAGCACAGAGGCAGCGGUCCAAUUUCUGGAGACGCUGGCCUCCCGGGACGGCUACCCGAGAGAGCUAGGAUCGGAUAACGGGAGCCAUUUCGGCUCAGAAGGGUUCGAAGCCUACCUGCGGAGCGUGGGGACGCACCACAUCCACGUCACGCCCUAUCACCCGGCCGGGUCAGGGGCGGUGGAGCGGGCCAAUCGGACGGUGAAGGCGGCACUCCAGGCGGCGGACAAGAGCGCGGCAGACUACGCCAGACCAGCUACGUCAGCACCCGAGUCGGACGGCUCGGUGGACCUGGACGCUGAUUGA